CGUUGGCAACAUGGCGACUUCGGAUGUCCACGUCCGAGUGUGUGAGCAAGAAAUACUCAAAUAUGACUUGGAAAUCAAGGCUCUCAUCCAGGAUAUUACGGAGUGCGACGGCCCUCAGAGCAAGCUGACAGAAAUAAACACAGACGUGAAAAAGCACUUUCACAACCUCAGAUUAAGGAUUCAGGACUUUGAGCGGAUGGCGAUGGAGCAAGACAGAGAGUCGGACAAGCAGGCUUUGCUCAGUCAAGUAGAGGGACACAGAAAGCAGAUGCUGAGCAACCAGACGGCCUGGAGGAAAGCCAACCUCGCCAGCAAACUGUCCAUGGACAAAAUGGAAAAGCAGGCGCUGCUUAAUGGAGCCGAUGGCGCUGUGAGGAAGAGGAAGAUGACCAAAGAGGGCCUCGCCCAAAGUGCCAGCGACAUUACAGAGAAUCUCAUGAGCAUCAGCCGGAUGAUGGCCCAGCAGGUUCAGCAGAGCGAAGACUCCAUAACAACACUAGCAACCUCGUCGAGAACGAUUCAAGAGACGAACGAGGAGUUUAAAGCCAUGACUGGGACCAUUCAGCUGGGCAGGAAGCUCAUCACCAAGUACAACCGCAGGGAGCUCACUGACAAGCUGCUCAUCUUCUUGGCGUUGGCUCUGUUCUUCGCAACGGUUCUCUACAUCCUCAAAAAGAGGCUGUUCCCUUUCUUAUAGACCAGAAGCUUCGGAGGAUCCCUCCUGAGUCCAGAUGAAUUUCCAUCCAUGGCUGGCCUACAUUCGCUGUGAAUUCCAAGCUGCUCUGGAAAAAUUCUGUCCACAAAUAGGAGGCUAAUCCUGCAUGUCUGCAGUUCUUCUUAGUGUUUAAUUUAUUGAGCUUUACAUUUGUCAAACUAAAGAAAACAAUGCUUUAAAUGUAAAUCUGUGGUUUAAUGACCGGUUAGAUUGCAGUGUGUUUAUGCGUCAUUAUUUCAAGUGUCUGUUUUUGUUCUUAAAUUAUCUUAGAGGUGGAAAGACGGUGCAAAUCACAAGCAAGAUGCAUGUUUUUUUUUCUCUCCAUCAGAUAAUUAGUGUUUAGUCUGAUAAAAAUUCUGAAACUACAAUAUUUUGUAAUAUUGUCGAUUAAUUUCAAAUAAUAACCUGAAAUUACAUGCAUGUGCAUUUUGGAAGCAAAUCCAGAGCUUAAUAUUUAUGCGCAGCUGAGUUUGCCAGUUUUUAUUAUCCAGUAUGAGAUAAGCAACUUGCAAAACCACUUAGACCUUUUUAUAUCAAUGCUGUUCGUCACCAAGUUCUGUAUAAUUACUAUUAUGUAUAAUUUAUAACUGCUAAAAAGUGUCCUGAUUUUCUGAAUUGUCGUGUUGAAUAUCGGCACUUUCAUAAAAUAGUGGUUUAAGUCAUUUUUUUCCCAAAAGUGAUUUUUGAAAAAGAAAAAAAAACAAAAACAUAAUACCUCUUUAUUGCCAGAAGAUGAUAUAGGAAAAAAAAAAAAUACUUUUGGCGAAAAAAGACACGGACUAUUAUUUUAUGAAGAUCACGAAAUGUCUUACUUCAGGUCCUGUUCUCUGUUGUGAUUUUUUUUGAGGGACCGCACUUACUUCAGGUUUCAUUCCGGCUUCAAACCCAGCAGGGUUUCAUGUGCUGCACCGAAGCUCCGUAAAGCAGCAGCAGCGCCGUUCACACCGGCAGAGAUAGAGCCACAUUCAUCCGCUGCCUUUCUUCAGAUAAGACCCGGAAAAGCAGAUUAUUCCGACAGACCCCCCCCCCCCCCCCUGCCCUCUUAUUCCAGUGUGGGUGGUGGAUGAGUGAGGGUUGAUAUUUUUAGGUUUGUGCGCUGCCGUUAUCUGACGUUGCCUUUUCAACACCACAGAGGAGAGGAUGGUCAGAGAAGCUACAUGACCUUGCUAGCCUCUAUGCAACUGCUUUCCAUUGCCUUUUGGUUUGUCAUACAAAUUAUUUUUAUUUUUAAUUAUCAUUUUUUUUUACUGGUUUUUAAUAAACGUUAACUCGUCCGCAUUUAUGUUUGAA